UACGUUUAGUUGAUUUCGGUACGUCCUUGCAGUUAGACUGUUCGAGAUGAAGCUCUAAUGAAAGCAACAUUGAAUGUUCUAAUCGUGAAAAAACAAGGCAUUCAAGAUCGCAUACGAUAGAGUCGUUAGCCAUACGUAGGGGCAGUACUUUCGAAUGCGGUUUCAGCUGUGUACCUCCUGUUCCCACGCAGUUAAACCAACGGUGUGUGAUUAGUGGCCCCAACUGCUGAAUGCUUUUACGAGCUCAACGAAAUGAGGCUUCACACAACACGUGGCGUUCUCUUGGCCGUUAUCGUUACUUGUGCCGUUUGGAUACACCGGAAUGAAAUUGGAUUAUUGAAUUAAAACACAACUUUCUCGUGUUCCCAGCCGUCCGUGGAACGAUUCGAGUGGAUAAUGGAAGAUACGGUCUCUACCAAGGUACAACUUGUAUCUGGCUUCAUAAAUGAGACUGGGCAGAAAGAGUGAUUCUAUUGUUGGUGCACCGUGCGGAGGUGGAAGCCCAAAUGAAUUUAUAUGUGCUAUUCGCGCACGAGUGCUAAUUGUCAUAAACGCAAACUGGUGAUUUAGCAUGUGAGAGCAGUUCGCCGUGGUGAGUUUGGUAUGAGGGGGAUCCGUGAAAUGAUGUUAGGCAGCCAGUAACGGCGGCUAUAACAGCGAAACGGUUAUUCGAGUGAUUCGAGGUUGGAGGCAACUAGAAGUGCAACCGCGAGAUAUGUUACUACAGUCUGCCAUCCUUGUGAAGAGACUGACGUGUUAACGAGGAUAUGGAAUGGAAGCACUUGGCACAUACUAAUGCCUAUAUCUACGGUCGGUGACGUUAAUGAAUUUAUCACUAACGAUGUAUGAAAUAAAAACGUGUGAAAUGUGUGGUGAAGAACAGCGCAUUAUCGGUAGAGGAACAUCGGAAGCGAGCUAAGCACGAGUACUAAAGUGGCAUAUUAGCAAUAAUUUUCCACUCCUUGGCAGCCCCCAUCUUUUAUGAUUCAUAGGGGCUUAUGCUGGAGUGUAAUGAUUAUCGCACUCUAGGUGCCAUAAAUCAAUAACGGUGUGUUCCAUUAAGGCAAGCCAUCUGAUUUCUUCGGUGUGCUCUUGAGUGUGAUGCGGCUCACCACUUUAUCGGGGCUAACAGCUCAACGCCCACACCCACAGACGGAAAAAGGAAAUGAUAUGGAUAAACCAUCACGAAGGACGUAAACCUCACCACAAGAACUGAAAGGCUGGGAGGAGGAGUGGUUAUACGUGCAGAACAGAACAAAAUGAAGUUCGAGCGAAAUUCAGUGUAGUGGAUGAUAGAGAACAAUAAAUAUAACUCAAGAUGCCAUCCAAAACCGGGGAAAAGGAAAGUGCAUGGUUACCGAGAAAAAUGAGCUGUAUAGAUAUUAAAUUCAAUUACAGUAAGUGAAGUCGAAUACCAGUCAGGAAGUGCAGAAAGUGUGCCACAACGAUGACAGGCAAAUUCAAAAGAUGCCACGAAGAAAAGUUCCAUUCCUGCCACGUUGGCACGAUCGGAUGCUGCUGAAGCUGAGAAGGAACGACGAACGAUGUUCAAGUGAAAACUUUAUAUAAGGAAAUAUGUGCCAUCGGUGAUUGUGAUAAAUUCAACUUCAAGCGGAAAAUGUAGAAGAGGUAAAAUAUUUUGUGAUGACAUCGUCGUACUGCUUGCAUCAUCAAUGUAACAAUGUCGCCUUCGCGACUAUUGUCUUUCUGCUCACGACGAUGAUAGAUAUGAGAGAACAAACCAUGUUAACCGAACAUCCUACAACAACAGAAUACGUACCAUAUUCUAAACAAAUCACUUCCAGUAGCAAAUUGUCGACACCGUCGUCGUCGUCCUCCGAGAAGAUAUUGCUAAAUGUGACAACGACAGACACGGUGACAAUCCCGGAACAGCACCAGGAAAAGUCCUCUACACCUCAACAGCAACACGAGGCAGCGGCACUAUUGCAGUCCACACCUACGACGGGUUUACCGAGUACUACUGCAGAACUAUCGAAAGCCACUGGUGCUGUGGUGCCAACAUCGAUGGAUCAAUACAAAACCAACUAUAGCAUAAAGUUCACAACUUUUCGACCAUUACUAGUACCUACUUUACCAGAUAUUCGACAUAGGAUUAUUCAUUCGAUGCCUUAUCAGUCCAAGCAUCAUCACGAGCGACAUUGGGGUCCAUUUUUCGAAGAGCCACUCAACGUGACCUCCGGAGCACUGCAAGUGGGCUACCAUUUGUCAACGGAAGCAAUCCUCAACUGUAGGGUAGGAAUGCUUAAGGAUAAAACGGUGAUGUGGAUCCGAAGGACGACCGAUAAGGUAUCGCUCCUGACGGUAGGCAACAAUACGUACAGUGGCGAUCCAAGGAUAAGAGUCAAGUUUCAAUAUCCGAAUAAUUGGCGCCUACAUAUCAACCCAAUCAAGAAUGACGACGGUGGCUUGUACAUGUGUCAAGUGUCUACACAUCCGCCCAGAGUUUUCGCCACCAAUCUCACAGUUCUAGAACCAGCAGUUCGGAUUGUGGACGAGAUGGGAUACGAGUUCUAUGAUCGGUACUAUAAAUUAGGUAGCACAAUCGAUAUAUCAUGUCAGGUGUCGUUAUCGUAUUUGGCAACCCUGCCAACAAAAACUCCACCAGCAGCGCCGGCCAACACUUUUCAGCUGAUGGCGCCAAUCGCUGGGGAUGCGAAAACGACCAGCACUAAGCUUUCGAACGAGGGAGCGACAACUAGCAAUAACAAUAAAGAUAAGACCCGGCAAUCGUUGCCACAGAACGUCGUGUGGAAAAAAGAUGGCGUCGCGUUACCGAAAGAUAUCAAACUCAGCUCAAGCCUUUCGAAACAAUGGUUCAACAGCAGGCUGUCCAUAAUACAGGCGGAACGAGUUCACAGCGGUCUCUACACUUGCACCGUAGCCGAGAAGCAGACGACAUCCGCACAGAUCCAAGUGCUGAACGGUGAGACUCCAGCUGCUGUUCAACAUAACGGUUCACACGCAGAAAGGGCCAUUUCGGCACUUGUCUUCUAUUGUGUCCUUUGCUGGAUUCAACUGCACAUAUCCUAUACGUAAUGUUGCCGGCAGAACCCGCAUCCAGUCCAGCGACAAUAUAUCAAUCACUUUGAAAAAGGCGCAACCAUCAAGAUUAAUUAUUCCGCUGGCAGCAAGUCACUCCGAUUCGCUGAUUUCUGGUCGACGUCCGCCAUUAACCGGCAGAAGCAGAAGCCCUGUGCAGAUGGUCACAAUCAGCGAAAUUUUCGACUAGCAUCCGAUUAGGAAGGACUGCCCGUGAGAAUAAAGAAGCGCCUCCGGUGGAGAUAAAGCGAAGAGAAUGGAACCCAAAAGUCAUGAUUUAUGUAUCAUUUUUCAUCUCUUGUACAACUUGACCGAUCUCAUCCCGUAAAAGCGCUCGUUUAAUCGACCGUUUCAGUCGAAUUGUUCAGUUAUUGAAUUAUGUCAGCGAUUCACAACGGCUUUGAAUAUGAGUUUUAAAUGAGUUUGAUUUUUUUUGUCAAAAUACUGAAACUAUGUAACAUAUUUGCAGCCUUGAUUUUUUAAAAACACUUUGCUAGUGAUUUCAACUAAAAUAUUCAUGAGAAUGUAUCAAUUAGUUGCAUACUAUUUUUCACAUAUGAGUGUAUAUCAAGUGUCCACAGCACGUGUAAUCAACCAUCACCGAUUUCAACCUAAUUUUGGUUAAAUGUGCAAUAACUUGAAGCAAGUGAAAAGCCACAUCCUUAUGCCAAUUGGCCACCUCUAAAUUUGUAAAUUUGUCAAAAGUCCAUGAUUUUGCUUACAUUCUUCAAUUUAUAUGUUCAAAAUUAUUAAACAUACAGAAAAAUUAACUUCGACAUUUUUGAAGGAAAUCGUUUAAGAUCAAUUUUUCGUCUUAUAAUAUUUAAAUACUUCUGUGAAAAAUUAUUAUCUCUUUGAUUAUGAAUUGAAUUGAAAUGAAAUUCCAUUCUCGAUCGACCGCUGAUUGAUUGAGAAACGCUAAGCCCCACUCUCCUUAUCAAGACCUAAAUCUAUUCCUUCCUUCCCAUCGCAGCUCCUUAACGAUAAAUGUAAAUUCGGAGCCGAAGACGACUAUUCACAAUCGCACAUUACGGCGAGUAAAACCAAUCAAAAAGGAAUACAAAAUCAAAAUGUACAUUAUUUUCUAGGGAUUGAAUUUUAACGAAUUGUUAAACGUUUAUUAAGGAUUAUGUAAAUACACGUACAGUACACCGUUGAACAAGAUGUUCCGAGUCAGCAAAGCUACCUAUAACGAAUGGAAAGUCAUCUAGUGGAUUUGAACAAAAAAAGAUUGAACAUCAGCAGUUUCUUCGGAGCGAGAACUUGAAAUGUAACCAGCAGACAUACAACACAAACAAUGUUAGAAGUAAAUAUAUCUUCAAAGUAAUUACUACCAACUCACUAUAUAUAUACAGAUCACCUCGACACCCAAAAGAAACACUUUGACGAAAACCAACUGUAUCUACUAAAAUGAAUGUAUUACUUAUGUUCAAAUAAAACAGAAACAGAAUGAAAAAUUGUACCACUAAACUGAAAAAUGGAAACAACACAGCAAAAUAUACGAAAAGAGAACUGAGACAUCUCAAACGACGUAUAUAAAGAAGCGUAAAA